UAAUUUUUUAUCUAGAUCUCAAGCGGUAUAAAAACGUGCAAGUGAUUUAGCAAAGGUACAGUUGUCCCGAUCCGAUCGAAACAGCAGCUACCUUCUCAAAAUGGCCAAACUUUUGCUCAUCGUUGCCUUGUGCAUUGCCUCCGCUUUGGCUUCGCCAAGCUUCAACAUCCCCCGUCGCCUUGUUGCCAACCACCGCAUCCACCAGCAAUUGAAAUCUGUUGAUGGUGACCUCGCCACCUGCUUCCAAGCCCUGGAGGCUACCGUAGAUGAAGCCAUCAUCCGCAAUGCUGAACAACUCGUUGAAUGCACCAAGGAUUGCGCUGAGGAAUUGGCCGCUCUUGAGGAAGAUCUCGUUGCUGCCGUCCAAGGUGUAGAGGAGGCUGUGCAGAAACUCGUUGCUGAUUUCCAGGCCUGCGGUUCGGACCUCAACUGCAAGGCUGCUGUCAUCAAGGAAAUCGUUGCCACCCUCCAGAAAUACAUCCAAGACGUCAACGCCAUCGUCGAGGAACACUUGGCCGGUUUGGAGGGUAAAUUCCCCGAAGCCGCUGAAUGCGCUCGUGCCGUCUUCGUCCAGUUGUCUGGAGAAAUCAAGGACGCCGGUGUUGCUUUCAUCAACUGCGUUAAGGCUUAAGAUGUUUAAUCCUCAAUAAAUUUUUAUUCAUAAAAAAA